UUUCUGUUGAUUAGUCACCCAACAUGGCUGCGACUGAGCCCAAGCUUUUCGGCAGGUGGAGUUACGAGGGUAUCGAGACCUCUGAUCUCUCAUUGGAGGACUACAUCGCCUACACUGGCUCUGCCUCCGUGUUCACUGCCCACACUGCUGGCCGUUACCAGAAGAAGCGUUUCCGCAAGGCUGUGUGCCCCAUUGUCGAGCGUCUCGUCAACUCCAUGAUGAUGCACGGUCGCAACAACGGCAAGAAGCAGCUCGGUGUCCGCAUUGUGCAGAACGCCUUCGAGAUCAUCCAUCUCCUCACCGAUAAGAACCCCAUCCAGGUUCUUGUUGAUGCCGUUAAGAAUGGUGGUCCCCGCGAAGACUCAACCCGUAUCGGUUCCGCUGGUGUCGUCCGUCGUCAGGCCGUCGAUGUCUCUCCCCUCCGUAGGGUCAACCAGGCCAUCUAUCUCAUCACUUCCGGCGCCCGUAACUCCGCCUUCCGUAACAUCAAGUCGGUCUCCGAGUGCUUGGCUGAUGAGAUCAUGAACUGCGCCAAGGAAUCCUCAAACUCCUUCGCCAUCAAGAAGAAGGAUGAGAUCGAGCGCAUUGCCAAGGCUAACCGAUAAAUGAGUAUUUACCGCCGUGUCCGAUAUCCCUCCUCAUGCAGAGGUUUAACGCCUCUCACAGUGAUGGAUUUAUGUCGUGACAAGGAAGCUUCGGUUUCUCGUACAGCUGCUGGUUAUUGGGUGCAGAA